CAAAAUUAUUGAUUGAUUCAAUUAUUGAUAGGAUCUAAUUAUUGUUAUCAAUUUGUAGAAAAUCGAGUAAUGGGAUUCAUGAGAUAAUCACUUCAAACAUUAAUUUUGAAUAAAAUUAGGUAUUUGCAUUUGGCAGCACUGACGUAGUUUGUGGUUUACUGGUUUGUAAUAACCUAAAAAUUCAUCAUUGUCUCUUUGUUUAUUAUCUGUGUUAUUUUCUUUAAUAAGCCGGUAUUUAUUUAUUUAUUUUCUCAAUAAGUCAUCUCACUUAUUAUACCUGAAUGCUAAAUUUAUUAAAGUUUUUAUAAUUUUAAAAGAUUCAAGUCUCUCAGACAAUUAACCAUGGUUGAUAGAUGUUUUUACAAUACUACACUAUCACAGACGUUUUCACCGUGUGGUAAUUAUUUAGUUGCUGGGAAUAUUUAUGGUCAAAUAGCUGUUUUCGAUUUGCAGAAUGCCGUGGAACCAAAUGAGCCAGCUAGCGAGCACAUUUCAAAACCACUUUAUGUGUUCCAAUCAGCGCGAGAUAAGUCGGUCUCCAGUUUGGUUUCUAACAGCAAAUUUCUGAUUGUUGGAACUGUUGGUAAAGUCACUGGUUACGAUUGGAAAAGUAUAAUUUCCAAUAAAAAUCCAAAAGUGGCUUGGUCCAUACAGAUUCCUACUUACAGAGAUUCUCUGGAUAAAUCGGACGUGAAUUCGCUGGCGAUUGUGGAGAACAGCGGCGACCAGACACUGGUGGCUGGCUGCGGCGACAAGAAGGUGCACCUCUUCAGUCUGCGCCAGGGCAAGCGCACGCACAGCUUCGACGGACAUGACAACUAUGUGCAUUCCGUAUAUGCAUCUGGCUCGCAGAUAGUGUCUAGUGGCGAGGACGGCAAAGUAUGCAUGUGGGACUGGCGCCAGAGCUCGAGGACAGCGCAACUGGAGCCUCACACCAACCAGCAGCUGGCCAGGCCGCAUCUGGGCAAGUGGAUUGGCGACGCCUGCUUCAAUGAUGACUGGCUGGUGUGCGGCGGAGGUCCCUACCUGUCGCUGUGGCACCUGCGCUCAAUGAACCUGAUGAACCGGUUUGCCAACGUGGAGGAUAGCGGCAUUCACGUGGUCAGGCUGUGUGAUGACCGCAUCUUGGCCGGGGGAACUUCGCCCUACUUCUAUCAUCUCUCUUUCUCAGGUGAAAUUUUCACUCAAUUGGAGACGUCCUCACUUAUAGUCUACUCUGCUAUCUUUGAGGAAAAACCAUUCCAUGUAACAUGCUUGGCAGGAUCAAGUCCUCACAUUGAUCUGUGUACAAACUUCAAGUAUAGGGACCAAAUUUUGACUUUCGAAGAUCCCAAGUCGUGAGGCUCUGCUUUUACAAAAUAAUUUUUCUGUUUGAAAGUUAU